AUGCAACGUAUCCUACUGCCAAUUGAGGGCACUGAGUGCGUGGCGAAAGCACAACGCAAAAUCACCGUUGUUGGAGUAGGUGGUGUUGGUAUGGCCGCGGCAUAUGCCAUAAUGGUCGGAGGCAUCGCCAACACAAUCGCGUUAGUUGACGUACUUACGGAUAAAGUAAUCGGUGAAGUAAUGGAUUUGAAGCACGGAAAGCAGUUUGUGCGGCAUUGUGAAGUUAUUGGUGGUUCAGAUUACUCCGUUUCCGCCGGAUCAGAUAUUGUCAUAGUGACCGCUGGUGCUAGACAGGCAGUAGGUGAAUCAAGGCUCAAUCUCGUUCAAAGAAAUGUAGAGAUUUUCAAAGGCAUAAUACCUCAAAUUGUUAAGUACAGUCCCAACUGCAUCCUCGUGAUUGUGAGUAAUCCUGUGGAUGUUUUGACGUACGUCGCAGCAAAGAUCAGUGGAUUUCCAGCCAACCGAGUCCUGGGCACAGGAACGAUGUUGGAUUCUGCCCGAUUCCGAACAAUGCUCGGCGAUCUGCUUGGUCUGUCAGCGACCACUGUGCAUGCACUUAUCAUUGGAGAGCACGGAGAUAGUAGUGUGCCUGUGUGGAGUAAGGCAAACGUUGCCGGAGUUUCGCUGUCGUCAGUCAACCCUGAUAUUGGCAAACCGUGUGAUCCUGAGAAUUUCCAGGCGAUUCAUCAAAAUGUAGUCAACAGUGCCUACGAUAUAAUCAAGAGAAAAGGUUCAACAUCAUGGGCGAUCGGAUUAACCUGUUAUGCUUUAUCGAACGCCAUACUCAAUGACACGCACACCAUAUACCCUCUAUCCACAUCUAUCAAAGGUCUUUACGGGGUGGAAACUGAUGUCUAUUUAAGUCUCCCAUGUCUAGUUGGAGCGAACGGGAUAACACAUAUCGUUCCGCUAGAGCUGAGUAGUGACGAGACAGAAAAGUUGAUGCAAAGCGCUGAAACACUUUGGAAAAUUUGUGAAGCUAUCGAAUGGUGAAAAAAAUGAAAUGUUUUCAAAAGGAACGCACACUCUACUGACUUCUUCACCAGACAUUUUGACUGGUUGCUGCAUUGUUUCGACACCUGAAGUUACAUUUUCCACUCUUCUUGUAUGUAAAACAUGUAGUUUCUUG